ACUCUAAUACCCCGACACUGAAAAUAAUCUUCCAGCCAAUAGCCUAGAAACUCUUUCUGAUAGAGUUCCUUAAACAGUUUACUGAUUACUUAUUUUUAUUUACCAAUCGAGUGUGGUAGGCACAGUUGAAUCCAAACCUAGAUAUGUGAAUCCUUUAUCCUUUACAGCCAGCACAAAGAAACAAUCCUUUACUCUUCUCAGACAAAAAUGAGAACAUAUAUCGUCAUUGAAAUGGAUCACCUUAAGAAGAUAGAGGAGUUAGAACAAAUAAAUCAUGAUUUGGUAAAAAAAUUGGACGUUAAAAACCAUAUGGAGAACGAAAUGAAAGAUGAAAUACAUUUGCUCGAAGAUCUAUUGAAAAAGGAAAAAACAGCAGCAGAAGAAAAAGAUUCGGAAAUAAAAGUACUAAAGGCCCAGAUCUCAAAGUUACAGAAUACCCUUGAAGAUGAGAGAAUUGAGUUCGAAAGUCAAGAAGAGACUAUUAGACAGCCUGAAACUAUUAACACACCAGUCUCAACUGGUGAGAGCUCUAUCUUGAAGCAUUUAGAAGAAGAGAUAGAAAGCCAGAAGAUUGAGCUAGAAAAUGUUACACGUUCCCUACAAAUGUACAAGGAACAGGCAACUGAGUCUCAAACGGAGAACCUGCAAUUGAAGGGGAAAAAUAAAGAGCUUCAGUGUCUACUGGAAGAAAGGAAUAAGAUGCUAGAAUACAAAACUGAAACACUAAAUGAAAUCAAAGAAGACCGAGAGAGUUUGAGAGAAAAGGCCAUGCUGCUGGAGAGUGAAUUAAAGACUUUACAAAGUAAACCAUCUGAUCUGGGAACUAGAGGAAAUUCUUUGUUUGCUGAAGUGGAAGAUAACAGGAAAAUGCUGGUUGCUAAGCUCAAAGAUACUCAACUGAAAUAUGCAACGCUCAAGAAAACCUUAUGCUCAAAAAACCUUGAAGUCAGUCGGUUAAAGGAGCAGCAUAUUCUUGUCUACCGCGAAUGGAAUGACAUAAAGGAAGAAAAGUUAAAGAAUGAUUCUCGCCUUUUAACAGCUCAUUUAGCAAGAAUAGAAGACUUGGAACAAGAACUGAAGCUAGCUAAAGAGCAAAUUCCCUCCAAUUCAGUGGUCAGUCAAGAUGGAAAUUCGAAGUGGGUUUCAGAACUGCUCGAAUCAAAAAGAAAAGAAGCAGAUGGUCUCCGCAAAGAACUUCAAGCAAGAUCACUAACAGAGUGGUCUUUACAGCGCACUUUGCAUCAGUUGAAAAGUGAAGUCCUCCAACUCAAGCAAAAGUUAUUGGAACAAACCGUUGGCGACAUCAAUAAAGAUGGAAGUUUGGAGAGAGAAGUAUCCCCCAACAAAGUUGAAACUGUACUGAAAGAAAAUGUUCCUAAGAAGAGUGUAACUUUCAAAUAGGGUUAAUUAUAGAAAUUAUAAAAUGUAUAUCUUUAAUGCUUAUAAUGAUCACCCUACUUCCUGUAUUUUUAAUAUAAGACUUCUAAUUUUAUAAAUCUAUAUUUAACGUUCUAGCUUAGUGAAUUAUAUUAAAUCUAAUUAUUACCGUGUAAUUCUAUUUUAAAUAAAUUUCCAUUUUGAA